AUGACCUCAGAUGAUCACCCCAACAAACAGAAACUGAUUGCCCGUGCCCGAGAGUUUCUAGCUGAGGUCGAGGAACUAACCCCCGGCAAAGAACUCGAAGAAAGACUAAAUGCCAACUACGGCUCUGGAAAUGCAUACUAUGAGGACUUCUGCGCUCUAAUUCGACAGGGCAUAUUGAAUAACGAAGGAUGGCUAGCGACCGAUGAAGUCGAUGGCCCGAAGUAUCGCCGGUCCAGAUUAUGCCAGCCAUCAGAAGAAAAUCGUUUCUUUAGCAUUACCGCCGUAUAUAUGGUUAGUCAAGAUGUGUAUCGUGGCCAGUAUCAUUUGCAUCCAUACGGUGAAAUCAAUUGUGUGAUUCAAAUAGAUCCUUCAGCUGAAUUGAUGGGUAUGUCUGGGUGGCAGGGUGCUGGAUGGACAUCACCGGGUGCAGGAACGCAUCAUUAUCCCGAGGUCCGUGGAGGUGCAUUGGUCGCUUUGUUUUUUCUCCCUGCUGGUCGUAUUUCGUACAGCAGAGCGAAACCAGGGGAUGCGCAGCCAAUUGUUAUUUAG